AGUCUUGGAGGGGUCUUUGUCCUGUGUAGCAUACCUGUUGAACACAGUCUUUGUUCUGCAUUCCGUUAGGUUCUGCAUUGACCAUUCUUUGCUCAAGAGCUGCAGCUCAUUCAUUCUCAUUCAAACGUUUCCCGCCACAAUGCUUCACAGUAGAGAGCAUGUGUGCUGUGUGUGUGUAGUGCUCUGGGUGUCCCAUUGCCGAGCUAUCAGCACGGCAGCCAUGUGCUGGUGCGUGUGAAGCAGUGAGCUUUUGUACUGUUGCUAACCAUCCACUGAUGUGUUGGUUGUGUUGAGCAGUAUUUGGACACCAAACCUUGACUUUGCUAGUUUUGCCAUUUCUUUCUGGAUGAAUUCUGCUCUUAUUCAGAUGAAAUAGGAAGAACGUGCACGUAAAGAACAAGAGGAGAAGGAACGUCUAGAAAGAGAAAGAUUAGAACGAGAGGAAAGAGAACGAAUCUUGGCAGCAGAACAUCAGCGACAUGCAGCAGAACUUGCCCAGCUUGCUUCCAUCUUGGAAGGGAACUAUACAGCUCUUAACAAUGUUAGACAAGCCAGAAGAGCUCAGGCAAAGUGGGAUCGUUACAUGCUUUGUGAUGGGAGCCCAGAUCCAACCAUCCCUGCAGAGAUCAAUACAUACAUCAACCUAUGGAAAGAUGAUGCAAAUAGAAAUGAUAUCAACUCCGUCCUGAAAGAAAGUAAUCAAACACUCAGGCUGAUUCAUGAGCUCGAGUUCCUCCUUGAAGAUACACCAGAAGAACAGCUUGAUGAAAUCACAGAGAAAAGAUAUGAAGAAACCAUUAUCGAACUCCAGAAUAUCCUACAUGCAAAACUUGACGAAUCAACCGUACUUCUGUUAAAGGAUGCAUCAAACUGUGCUGACUCAGAGACGGGUAAUCUUCAGUUCAUCAAAGGCAACAAGGAUAUAGUUCUUAUGAUAUGGGGAAACCUUGUUAAGAAUCCAAGAUUCAAGAGCUAUGCCUUUGAGGAUCAAGACUUCUCCUUUGAGCUCCCAAAGCAACUUGCCCUCUCCGACAUCGCUAUCCGGGUGAUCCAUACUACAUACGAUCAUUUCUCUCAUCGUUGCCGCACCUUCAAACUUAAGAGGGUGCGUUACUACCCCCCUCCACCGGAAGAAGAGCCAGUAGAAGAACCGCAGCCCCCAGAGGGUGAGGGAGAGAAGACUGAGGGGGAGGAAGGAGAAGGUGAAGACAAGGAGGGAGAGGUGACAGAGUCUGUGGCAGGAGAGGAGAAAGAAGAAGUCCAAGAGACCACACCAGCAACCCCAGCCAAGGAACCAGAGCCUUCUAAAACCCCAGCUGGGGAAGAAGGAGAACAAGAUGAAGAAGAGUAUGAAGAGGAAGAGGAGGACUAUGAGCUUGAAGAUGAGGAUACUGUUGACCUUCGUGCUUACCAGGUUUUGGGAGGGGUCAUACACUUUGACCUUUUGACCAUGCCUCCUCAGCCAAAGAUUGUCAAGAGCUGGAUAAUGACACAAGAUACACCCAAUGAGCUGAAGCGAUACCCAUAUGGAUCUGAUGGUGUGAAGCUUGGUGCAUCACUAUCUGGUACAAUGACGAUGGGACAGACCAUGGACCCAAAGGCUGCAGCAGCAACAGAAGCCUUGGGUGCCCCUCCUCUUGGUGUUACUGUCAAGUUACCAGAUAAUGUAUUAUUUUCUGAAGAACCUCAGAUGGUAUAUUGGUGGGAUGAAGGUAAACAAUGGAGACUUGAUGGUUUCCAUGAUGUCAAGUAUGAACAGGAGGAGAGGUUACUAUCCUUCAAGACAAUCAAGUUUGGUCCUCUAGCCUGUAUACAGGAUAAACACAUCAAUAUGCCCUUCCAAUCAUGGGAGCUGUUUCCUCUUGGUGUCAAUCAUGCACGCUUUACCAUCAUAGCAGCCAUACUAGAGGUUGAGAUAGAGAUCAAGGAUCACCUAUGUUGUUUCCGACAAGCUGGUGAGUCUGACCCUAAACCAGAGCUAGAAUCUAUCUCAAACAAAUGGAUGGAACCACCUCAACUGAUAGAAACCAUGAAGAAAGCUGGCGUUAAUGUCUUCCCAGAAGAAGACUCCAAGAAAUAUGUUAGCGUUUGUGAUAAGGACGAACAGACAGAAGGAGCUGCCUAUGAUCAGAUGGCAUUGACUGCAUCUCAUUUUGCUUACUCAUGGAGUAAAUGGAACGCAGAGACAUCACCGGACAAGAUUAUUCUACUUGGAUGUGAGAAACUCGUCCCAGAACCAGUCAAAGAUGAGGAAUGGCAAGUCUUAUUAACCAGCAAGAAGCAGACAUCAAAACUAAAGAUGGGGGAGUACGAUGAAGAGUUCUCUGAAGCAUUCGCUGAAGGCUCUCAGUUCCACGCUGACCUCUACCACAUGGUCAGUGACCUUUGCUCUGAAGAAGGUCAUGAACGAAUGAAAAACACAGAGUUUGGAUACAUUGAUGCUGUUCAUAAGAUGCUAGAAGCUACAAGGGUCAUUGCCUUCUCAUAGAUUGUAUUGCAUGAUUUAUGUAUAAUAGCAUUUGUCAGAAAACAGGGAUAUAUUGAUAAAACAAUUCUAUCAGCUCAGAAGUAAAUAAGAGCAGUCAUUAAAACCAAAGUCGUUCACCAAAUUACCCACAAAUAUGUUUAUGAUGGAUUCAAGCUCAUGAGAAUUUAUGAUGGUCAUGUUAUUUACAGGACAGUUUGUAGGAUUCCUCUAUAGUGGAAAAUAAAUUUGUAUUUAUAAAACGUCUCCGAAGCAUUGCCAAUUUUAUGGCUAGAAAUGUGUCAAUGCGAAGUGGCCUGUAUUUAUUUUACAAAAAGGAAAUUGAUAUAAAUCUGUGUCUCUAUGGUUCACACCAGGGAAGUGUUUAAUGAAAUAUAUUGUCAGUGAUAUUCAUUAAAAAACUUUUGAUCUGACCCAAUCAAGUGAAAUGUUUGCAGUAGCUCAUAGCAAAUGAUGAAAACCAUUUAUUUCCUGAAAUGCUUCCCUUGGCUAUGUAAGAUGAAAGUAGAGAUAGAUGGCAAAACAAGCAUUGGCUAAUCAAGAGCAAUUUUGUAUCUGCACUUUUGCUCAAAAGACUGACCAGUAAAUAGUCGGCAUUAUUCUUUUGAAAUUUUGCAAUCAAUUGCAAACCUAUGUGAUAAUGGGCAUUGAUCUUUCAUAUAGCUGGUUGUCUCUAGCUUGCUCAUUAGCAUAUAAUCUUCACAGCAAAAUUUUAGAAAGAUAAGUGUAUGAAUAAGGUUAUAUAACCCUUUGUAUCAUUCUAACUGCCGUCCUUUUAAUGUAUAUAAUGUAGAUAAAGAGAUAAAUUUUACUGCAAGUCUUUCAUUUAUAUAUUUAACAUUAUGCAAAUGUUUUCAAAUCACCUUGAAUGAAUAAAUUGGCAUCAAAAUCAAUCUUUUGUGAAAUCAAUUUUCACAUGUUAUGAAAUCCUUCACAUCUCCCCCACCUGACAAUAUUUAAGUAAUGGCAAUUAAAAUGCCUGAUGAAAUAUUUUGUUAUUGAUAUCAAAUUGCUUGUAAUCAUUCUGAAGAGAUAGGAUUUCUAAGCAUGUAACUGAUUGAACAUCAUUUGGAGUCACCUGUAAUGGUAAAUUUUCCAGUAUUUACUGCAAGCAAAGUAAAUCAAGUGGAGAAAAAAAAACAAGAUGAUAUAAGGGUCCUGGGCCUGUUGCAUAAAAGUUACUUUUAUCAUAACUUUGCCAUCCAAUGGUAACGCUGAUCAAAAGUAAAUGAAAAUCAAGGAUUUAAUUCAAGUUACCAUUGCAUUUCAAAAUUAUCAUAAUGUAACUUUUAUACAACAGGGCCCUUAUACACAAAGCCAAAUAAUUGAUCAUAGUUUAUUUUCUGCAUUGAUCACUUAGUGUAACCAGUGAUACAAAUAAAAUGUAAGUUCAAGUUUAUUGUACAGGAUUCUAAGAGCUCCUUUUAUCUAAUAUGAAAUUUGACUCACAAAAGUUGAUGUCAUUCAGAUUUUAAUGUCCAAGAUAUAUAUUUCAGAGUUUAUAUAUUAAAGUCUUUAAAAAAUAA